UCGAUAAGGACAUGAAGUUCGAUUUUGAUGGGGGCAUGGAAGAAGAAUGAGGGAGCAAUAGCAGCCAUAGCAAGGAACAGUGAUCGCAACGAGUGAUUCCAUCUCCCUCUCAUCACAAGUCACGCUCGCAGCUCUCUAGUCGAUGAUUGCCUUCUCUGGACGUGAGGCACUCAGACGCAUAACUUUUCGAUGCUACUCAAGGGCCGCUCUAGUUGAUUCUCCUUGUUCUUCUUCCAGCCUCCUUCAUUUCAUUCAGCUGUGCAUCGAUGAUCAAUCUCUGAGACUGACCCGACAGUCCCACGCUCGAGUUCUCAUCGAUGGCUUCGCUGGAAACCCUUAUCUGGGAACCAAGCUCAUGUCCGCAUACGCCGCUUGUAAGAGCUUGCGGGAUUCAAAAUUGGUUUUUGAUUCGUUUGAGGACAAGAACGUUUAUUUGUGGAACACGCUGAUUAAUGGGUGUGCGAAGAGUAAUGCAUAUGAGUUUGCUUUUGAGCUGUUUGAUAAAAUGUGUCUGGGGAAUGUGGUUCCUGACGAUUAUACGCUCGCGACGUUGUCGAAAGUUGCAAGCGAGUGUGGGGACUUGGCUGCUGGGAAAGUGGUUCAUGCGAAGAGCGUGAGGAUUGGAUUUCUGUGGGAUGUUGUGGUCGCGAAUUCUCUAAUGUCUAUGUACUACAAAUGUGGAGAGUUGAAUGAAGCAAAGAAACUGUUCAAUGAAAUGCCCGAUAGAAACAUCGCUUCUUGGAAUGUACUGGUAACAGGGUAUUCAAGCUUAAAUGAUGAUAACAAGGGUAAGGAAGUAUGGGAAGUUGUACAAAACAUGCAGAACGUCGGCUUAAAACCAGAUGCAUUCACAAUUUCAAGUCUUUUGCCAUUGUGCAUCCGUGGUACGGACAAAUGUGAUCAUGGCAGGGAGCUUCAUGGUUAUAUAAUGAGGAAUGAGUUGGAGUUUCUUCCAUAUGCAGAUGUUCACUUGGGUUGUUGCUUGAUAGACAUGUACGCCAAGAAUAACAAGGUGGAUGCCGGGAGAAGGGUAUUCAAACGAAUGAAGUCUAAAAAUGUAUAUGCGUGGACAGCAAUGAUCAAUGGUUAUGUAAUUGUUGGAGAUUCUGAGGAAGCCUUUUCUCUUUUUAGGGAAAUGACAGUGCUGUUUGAUGUGAAACCCAAUGAGAUAUCUCUUGUAAGCAUUCUCCCCGCUUGUGUAACAAAUGCUGGUUUAUCAGCUGUGAGAGAGAUUCAUAGUUUCGCCAUCAGAAAGAAAAUAGAUCAUGCUGUGUCAUUGUCUAAUGCUUUAAUAGAUGCGUACUGCAAGUCGGGGGGCUUACUUUCUGCGAGGAUAAUAUUUGAUGAUUCUUCUUUUAAGGAUGCGGUCUCUUGGAGUUCCAUGAUUUCUGGAUAUGGACUUAAUGGGAAGGGCGAGGAAGCCGUGCUUCUGUACAAUGAGAUGCUACAGUUGGGAAUCAAGCCUGACAUGAUAACAGUAGUAGCAGUUCUUGCUGCCUGUGGUCGGUCAGGAUUGGUCAAUGAAGGGCUUAACAUAUAUAGCUCAGCAAUAAAUGACUAUGGGAUUGAACCAACAGUAGAAAUCUGCGCUUGUGUCGUUGACAUAUUAGGUCGGUCAAACCAGCUUGACUGCGCACUGCAGUUUAUAGACAAUAUGCAUGUGGAAGCUGGUCCGAGUGUUUGGGGGGCUCUUGUCAAUGCUUCUGUAAUGCACGGGAACCAUGAGAUGAGAGACUUGGCUUAUAGCUUCCUUGUUCGAAUGGAACCUGGGAAUCCUUCUAAUUAUGUAUCUCUAUCUAAUAUAUAUGCUUCCUCGAGGAAAUGGGAUGUGGUAGCUGGCGUGAGGAAAAUGAUGCAUGAAAAGGGUUUAAGGAAGGAACCUGGAUGCAGUUGGAUUGUUACUAAUGGUAGCACUAACUGCUUCUAUGUCGCUGAUAAGGUACAUGCUGCUUCUCACUCCAUCUAUGAGAUGCUGGAUAGCCUUAUGGGGGUAAUGAAAGGAAUUGUUUGUUAUGCUGACAAUGAGAAUAAGAUAUAGCUCUUUCAUGAUCUAUGCUGAUGGGAUUCUUAGCUGAAGAGAAGUCCAAAGGACUUUUGAUGUGAGGAAUGGUUUAAGAUGUAAGUACUUAUGUGAAAUGUGCUGCAACUGAGAAUGCCAGCAAUACUGCUAUCUUGGACAGGAUAAAUCUUCUCCAUCUUCUCAAGAAGUGGCCUGGAGGAAAGAGCGAAGCAAAGCCAUCGAGGGUCAUAUUAUUCAUUCUUCUAUAAGAGAGUUCAAUGACCAUACCUGUAUCUUCUCUAAGGCUCAUCUUUCUUCUGAACUACAGCCUUCAACCACUGCGAUCACUUUCUGCAUGCUGGAUUGUUUUGCUGAGGAAUGCAGGGUGCAUAAGAGAGCCAGUUUGAUCAUCCCUUCUGCCUUAUUCUCACCAUGGUCUCCCUGCGUAUUGGGAUCGAUGAGCUUUUCUAACUGUAAUAAAAAAACUGACCAUCCCAAUGAAUGAUGUGAUGUCUAUUACUUUGCUAAGCUGCCAAAGAUCAAUAAAGCUACGACCAGGAAUGAUUUGAA